UCGAAUCGUGAGAUAAUCGAAGUACUUUAAGUAUACUAUAUUAUACCAUAUAUACAAUAUAUAGUAUGUGUCCUGGCUUUCAACAUUCUGUUACAAGAAAACGAUUAUCAAACAAAAGCAAAAUGAAGAGCGCUGCAUUUUUUGAAGUCGCGAUAUUGGUGACAUUUUUCGUUUAUGCUGCUUAUGCAGGUACUCGUAAUUAUUCCACCCUGAGUCAACAGGUUUUUUUUAAAAGUUGCAUGGAUGCCAAGUUGAAAGGAAUACAUUCUUCUGGUCUCUAUACAAUUCAGCCUGAUUACGCUCAUGAACCAUUCCUGGUGUUUUGCGAAAUGGAAGUAGAUGGAGGAGGCUGGACAGUUAUUCAGAACAGAUUUGAUGGUUCUAUCAAAUUUUAUCAAGACUGGCCUACUUACAAAGCAGGAUUUGGUAACCUAAGAGGGGAAUUUUGGUUAGGACUGGAUCGUAUUCAUGAAAUAACCGGUAUUUUCGUUAACGAACUACGAGUAGAACUGGAAGACUUUGAGAAUGAAACACGCUUUGCCAAAUAUUCUGUGUUUAGCAUUGGGUCCGAAGCUGAGUACUUCUCUCUUAAAGCUCUGGGAGGAUAUUCUGGUACUGCAGGGGAUUCAUUGGAGUAUCAAGCUGGUCAGAAAUUUAGCACCUACGAUCAAGAUCAUGAUAAUUCGGAGAAUAAUUGUGCCGUGACGUUUACCGGAGCGUGGUGGUAUAACGCCUGUCACAGGAGCAACCUUAAUGGAAACUAUCUUCGUGGUGAGAGCAACGAGUCAGGCAUGGUUUGGACAAAGUUUAGAGGAAUUAAAUAUAGCUUAAAAACAUCCAGAAUGAUGGUGAGGCCAAGUAGCGAGGGCAUAGAUUCAACCAUGGCUGUGGAUGCCUCGUAGCGAGUUGUUUUGACAACACCUUUGAUGCACGAUCGCGUAUAAUGAACGUAUUUUAGGGAUUUAUUAAGUAUUUACUUAGAAGCAACUCCAGUUAAUGCUCUUGUUUGAUAGUAGAUAUAGUAGUAGACAGAGUGUCAAUAAUCUAAAUUCUACGGUUGGUGUCGAUUGAAUAUCGAUAAAUGCAUUAAGUUUUCACGUUCUGUUAAAAGCAUCAAAUAGUAGUUCACCCCUAUAACAUCGGGGGCAAUGUAAUCAGUCGGCACGAAACGGUUUGUGAUUUAGGGGUGACAUUUGCCAAUAGGAUGCAUUUUGAUUAUCAUAUUACUCAAAUUAUGAAUAGUGAUAACAGAGCCUGAGGUUUUAUUAUUAGGAACUGUGAGCUAAUAAAAAACUGCAGUAAGAACAUUAUACUUGUAUUUCAUUAUUCAUUUUGUUGCAAAAACUAUUUCAAUCCAUGUAAAAUAAGCCCUGAAAAUUUAAGCUCGCCACGAUAAGUGUAUCAUGUCACAUUCGUUGUUGUGAUGCGAUAAACGUAAGAAACGCAAUAGAAUCCUUACCACGUACAAGUACAGAACCUAUUGUUUUUAGCCGCUGUAAAUAGCGAUUUACCGACAAAUGUGGC